AUGGAUAUUCAUACAUUGAGGUCUAGAUGGGCAUACAAUGUUCAGCUUCUGAAACAGUUGCAAUGGGCUUGCACAGAUACUGCAAAGAGGAGCCUCAACGGCACUAUUUCAAAUAUUGAAGCUAGUUCUUUUGCCAACAAUUUACAAAAAUGUACCGAGGCUUUGCAAUUCUGCAUACAAAAGUCUCUUACAAUAGAGAGAACGCUUAAAAACUACGAAAUUGAUGUGCCAUUACCAGUAAUUAAAGAUGUUCUCUUAGAGCAGGAAUUAAUGAAGUAUUAUACUGUUAUUUUAAUGGAAGGUUGCAAGCUGAUAUUCGACUAUUCUAUAUCAAUAUUUCGUAUAGGUACAGAACCUCGUUUCAUGCUAUGCUUGAUAAAACUUUACUUGAAUCUCGAUUCUAUUACUGAACUUUUAGGUAACGAAGGAAACCAAUUUUCUGAUCUCCUAAAUUCUUUUGAAUACCAAUUCAUGACUCAGUACAAUAUUAUUAAUUGCAACACCAUACAUUUGGAUCAAGUCCGUGACAUUUUUGCCAAGUCAAAUCCACUAAUUGCUCCUCCACUUCUGACGGUUAAUGAUAUCGAAAAGCGGGGCUAUUUUUUCCUAUCAUCUGUUGAUCUUCACAUUGAUAACAAGCUGAUUGAGAUAGCUCAAUUGAAGAACGGCCACUUAGCUGUUUUUUAUGUUAAUUCCCAACGUCAGUCCUUUUCUACUAACGGUGCCAAGCAAUUACUUAAGGAACUUGUUGAAGGAAGAAUGGAGCUACUCAAUAUGGGGCGUACAUUGCUAUUUCAAACACUAAAGCAAAGAGACAUGGUUAUAUUUUUAGAAUUUGAGGAUAGUUUAGAACUAGUCACUAAUAAUUCAUUGACAAAAAAACUUCUAAUACAAUGCGUUGACAAAGUAUCUUGGUGUACUUAUUGGAAAAUUUAUUUGGAAAAUUUGUUUUCCGAAGAACAAGCACGUACUAACGUGAAGGCUAGUACAUCAAUGUUAAAUCCUUCUCAUAGUUUCCAAAACUUCAAGAUAAAACAUACCAAAUUAUCGGAACUACGGCCUGUAAGUCACCAAGGUAUUGCCCUGAACAUACCUCAGAAAAAGUCUCAAAACUGUCAGGCAAAUAUCACCAAAUCUGAUGACUUAGAAGAAGAUCCUGGAUUCAAAUUUGCUAUUCACCAAUCCAAUCCAAUUAAUGAAAUAUAUACUAGCCAAACAGAGGAACUUAUAACAUCACCUUCACUUAAUGAGAUUGAAUAUUUGAGCUACGAUAAGCUAAUAGCGCUAGAUAGAAGCCUUGAAUUAACUCUAUCUCCUAAGCUCUUAGAAUCUCCUCGUGAAGCCAACUACAAAACUGUUUCACAAACUUUCAGUUUGGACAGAAUUAAUAAUAUCUCACAAAAUACACCUGAAGUUAGUGAUCAAGAGAGUAUAGUUUCAAAUGAUGAAUUAGAAAAAGAACCCGUGUUCAAUCCAAGUGUCGAAGAUCAUAAACCACAGCUAUUGAGAAAGAAGUCAUCUCUACUGAGCAUAUUUAGCAAUAAAAAUAAAUCCAAAAAUAAAAAUAAUUUAAAAUUGGAAAUCAACUCUCAGAUGAGCUCAUCAAAUUUAUCAUUGAAUAGCGCCUCAAGCUCAAGAACUUUCUUCUCUGUCAACAGCAACGAUUCAACUUCCACGACGGUCAGCGAUAAGUACAUCGAAGAUUCUGAUAGAUUUCAACUAGACAAUACAACUUCGAUUCUGCAGUUGAAGGUCACUAAGGCUUCCUGCUGGGAUAAAUCUUCCUGGCAGGUCCUCUCCUCAUUCCCGCUAUUACUGUCUUUAGUCAAAGAUCAUGAAGCAGUAUACUUGACUUUACAAAAUCCAAGCAAUAGUGGUAGAUUCAAGUUUGUUACUAGGAUAUCCAAUAUUUGGAAAACUACUCGUUCAACAGCCAAGGAUAUCCAAAUUUCUAUUCCAACUAAAGACAUUCUUGCUACGAUACUGGAUGACUUAACUAAUACAACACCAAGGUAUCAAGUGUUAUCGUUGAGAACAGAAGAGGCUGAAAGAUUGAAGAACACAAUCGAUCACUGUAUCAAUGGUGAUAUGUUAUCCUCAAUUUCAAACUCCACUACAACUAGGACCUUGUCAAGUGACGCUUCAUCAUCUUAUAUGAGUCAAGUUAGUAGCAACGUCAGUAGAUCAUCAACUGAGGUAUCAGACUUGAACGUCCAUGACUUCAAAAGUAUGGCGUCAGUCAAGAACAUCUUAGUGCUUUCUGACAUCAAAGCCAGAUUACACACAAAGAAUAACGGUAGGUGGUGUCCACAUCACAUAGGACUUGUCAAUAUUUAUUCAUUAGAAACUCCCAACAACAAAAAAGGCAUAAGGUUUGAGUUGACUACAGAUACACGAACUACCUUCCAAUUUAAUAGCAAGAUCCACGAUCUCAAGAGAUUGGGACGCACUGGUAUUGCUAUGAUCGAUGACUCGGAAUAUCUGUUUGAGUUCCCUAACAAUGUAAUUACAGAACAGAUAUACCGUUAUAUUGCACCCAGCCAUCCAAUGAUAUGA